UAUAUUUUUUAACUAACUACUUGGGUGGGGUACCUGUGUUGAUCGUCACGGGCCGCAAAGCUUUAAGGGAGAUAUUCAAGAUGGCGGCUUUACCGCAAAAGAAGUACUAUCGACAAAGAGCGCAUUCUAACCCGAUGGCAGACCAUACCUUUGACUAUCCAGUUUGCCCUGAUGAUAUGGAUUGGACAUCACAUUAUCCAGCAUUCUACGACAAAUCAUCAACUGAAGCAGAAAACGGACAGAAAUUAAUAACAAACAACAAUGAUAAACCAAGGGUAGAGUUUGCUGAUAUAGGCUGUGGUUAUGGUGGAUUAUUAGUUCAGCUAUCUCCAUUAUUUCCUAAAACACUAAUGCUUGGAAUGGAAAUUAGAGUUAAGGUCAGUGAUUAUGUCAAUGACAGAAUCUUAGCUCUCAGACAAAGUCACCCAGGACAGUACCAGAAUAUCAGUGUUAUUAGGACAAAUGCAAUGAAAUAUUUGCCAAACUUCUUCAAAAAAGGACAGUUAAGAAAGAUGUUUUUCUUAUUCCCUGAUCCUCAUUUUAAACAAAAGAAACAUAAAUGGAGAAUUAUAAGUCAAGGUCUUUUAGCUGAGUAUGCAUAUGUACUAUCUAUUGGGGGUUUGGCUUACACAAUUACUGAUGUACCAGAAUUAUACGACUGGAUGAAAAAACACUUUCUUGAACAUCCACUGUUUGAGGAAGUCAGUGAUGAAGAAUUAGAGAAAGAUAUCGUGGUUUCCAAGCUCUAUGAUAGCACAGAAGAAGGCAAAAAAGUAACCCGAAAUACCGGUAUUAAACUAGUUGGUGUUUACAGACGAAUUGCUGAUCCUGUCACGUAAUCCACCUUUCAGUCAAGUCUUUUGUCCAUUUUCAAUAAAACAACAUCUUAUAAA